GGAGGCCGCGGUGCAAAUUCCAAAAGCGCCGCGCCCCGAUAGCGGGGACCGAGGCGGCGGUGAGGAGCGGUGAGGAGGAGCGGUGAGGAGAGGCAGCGGCGAUCGAGAGUUGUGUAACGCCCUUACCCGCCUGCGCUGGACGUCCGUGAAAAAGAGCUUUACAGCUCAUCGGAUUCCUCCAGUACGAAUAAAUAUUGUGGGGCUGUGCCCUGAAGAGCCAUGGAGGAGGUGACACGCAGGAGGACACGAGGAGGAGGAGGAGGCGGUGGGGGGCUGCCCCCUCGUCACGGCCCCCCAGGACUCGUGACGGUCAGCGAGUCGCAGACCAUCAGCAGGCAGGAGCUACUGCGAUCUCUUGAUACCUACAACCUCUACUUGAGGGACCGCAAGGCGCUGCAUCUGACUUGUCACGUGGAUGGGGAUCACGUGCUUGUGCAGGGCGCCCUGCCAGUCACGUGGGCACUCACGCGACCAAUCAGGCUGCAGCUGAGCGACGACCUGCGCUCGCCCACGUGGCUCGCACUUCCUCCUGCCGCAAAUUCUGGGAGGAUGAGCAAGGGCGGCAGAGGCAUGGUUCGCUGGGAUGGGUUCUCAGAUCUCAACACGGUGGGAGAAGCUCCAGAGGCAGCAGCAGCAGCAGCUUUGACCCCCCCAGGGCCCCCCAGGGUCCCUGACCCGGGGCCUGACGCGGAUCUUGGGGCCCUGCUGCGAACCCGCAGCGACGCGGGGGUCCUGCGCAGACAGAAGGGGGGCCGGCGGAGGAAGGGGUGCCCCCCAGUGUCACCGGGGGUGGAGGAGCACAGAGUGUCCAUCAACGGGCACUUCUACAACCACCAGACUGCGGUGUUCACGCCGGAGUUUGGCUGCGUCACAAACGUGGUGAUCAGCAGUGACCUGACGAGCGAGCACGUGAUGCUCCUGCUGCUACAGAAAUUCCGCAUUGAGAACGCCGCACACGACUUCUGCUUCGUUCUGCAGCACAGCACAGGAGAGCGCCGCCGCUUGGCUCCCUCGGAGCGACCCCUCUUGGCCCAGCUGCUGCAGGGGCCGGACGAGCGCGUGGCGCGCAUCCUCAUCGUGGAGGCGGUCACUCACCGUGACGUCACUCACCAGGAGGCCCAGUUUCUGGGCCUGGAUUUGCCUCUGCUCCUUGUGCUGGUUCAGCGCCUGGAGAAGGAGGAGGAGGAGGCGGUGGAGCGGGUGAGGCAACGGUACCGCGAGCUCCGCUCCUCUAUCCGGAGGAAGAUGAGCUCCAUCAGACGCAUGGAGACGUCUGUGUGAGGUUUCACCGCGGUCCCUCGUGUUCGCCAGGGUUCCAACCGGAGCUGCCCAGGGCCGAGCUCCAGAAACUAAUCCCGGCACCCGGCACACCACAACCAGUAUGCCUCUUCUCACUCCGAGGCGAUGCUUACGAGUCACGUGUCACCACCCCAGGGACAUAUUUAUCCCCUGGGGAUUGACGACCCUCUCAGAGGUCAAGGUUGAUGAGGGUUGACCUCCUGGGUCCCUGGUGUGACCCUUGUAGUUGACCGUGGCUCUGGGGGGCUUACAGAGCGGCAGCGCAGUGGUCACAGCGAGAAGCGUCUGGGCGUUCCCCCCCCACCCUCUUCUGCAGAGUGAACGUGUGAGUGGACACAGGCCAGGGGGCAGUCCCCGGUGGGCCGGUCCAUUCAGAGGGCCGGUGGGCCGGUCUGUGUGGCGAAAUGGCCACAUUUUUUGAGAGUGAAAAAAAAAUGUGGCGAAAUGGCCACAUUUUUUGAGAGUACGUACGUGUAUUCUUUUUUUAUUAAAAUAUUUUAUUACUUC